GCCUUAGAGUGAUGCUGCUUGCUGCUAGCUAAAUACUGUUUCGGACGGCGACAAGAUAUGUUUUAAUAUUGCAUAAACUUGUCUAAAACGAGGGGGUAUUUUACCGCGCAAUCUUUGUAAUAAUUUAAAAAAGGCUUCCCCGUGGAAUGAGCGUCCCAUGCAGCAUCCUAGGUAUGAAUGACGUGGGUUGGCAGGAGACGCGAGGCGGGAUGCUGCACACUAAUGGUGCACCAGAAACCGGAGGGGUUCGAGUCCAUGGAGGAGGCUCUCUCGCCCCAGUCGGUGGGGCUGGGCAGGGUCCAGGUGGAGCACAUCCUCUACCAGGCAUGGACAGAGGUGCCAAUCCCACUCCAGGGACACCACAGCCCCCACUCAGUGGGCGCUCACAAGAUGACGCCACGGUGGGCUACUUCUUCCAAAGGCAACCUGGGGAGCAGCUUGGAGGCUGUACUCCCAACAAGCACCGUUGGCCCACAGGAGAUGGCACUCACGUUGACCAGGUGCGUGCUGUAGAUGAGAUGAACUACGACUUUCAAGCUUUGGCUCUAGAAUCUCGUGGAAUGGGUGAGCUGUUGCCGGCGAAGAAGCUGUGGGAGUCAGAUGAGCUGUCGAAGGAUGGACGCAAAGGGAUGCUUCUGGGAGAGGAGUGGAGAGACAAUGCCUGGGGUUCUUCUCAUCACUCGGUAUCGCAGCCAAUCAUGGUGCAGAGGCGACCGGGGCAGGGUUUCCAUGGGAAUGGUGAUGCAAGUUCAGUACUGUCUCCUCGCUCAGAGGGUGGGGGCCUUGGUGUGAGCAUGGUAGAGUAUGUACUUAGCUCCUCCCCUGGAGACAAGAUGGAUGGGCGAUAUCGAAAUGGUGGCUAUGGCGGAGGAGACACAGACCCAGACGGGAGGGAGAAAGGAGACCCAAAAGACAAGGCAUCUCCCUUUGAGGAAGACAAGAGUCCAGAGAUGAAAGUAGGGGAGGAGAAUGACGCCUCUAAAGCUAACGGCAGAGGACUGCUCAACGGAAUGGACCGUGACUGCAAAGAUUUUAACCCUACUCCAGGCAGUCGCCAGGCUUCACCCACAGAGGCUGUGGAGCGGCUGGGCCCCAGUCAGGCCGGUCUGGAGAUGAUGGGACAGCAUCACCCACACGUUCUGCAACCCCCAAACCCAGUGGCUAGCAAACCUCCAACUGAGGACUUCCAGAGCCAAGAGGCCCAGAGCAUGGCUGGAAUGGAGCAGCAAGCCGGAGUGGAGGCGCUCCAGUUCGACUACGCCGGAAACCAGAUCCAAGUGGAUUCCUCUGGCGCUCCCGUCGGCCUAUUUGACUACAACUCCCAGCAACAGUUGUUUCAGAGGUCCAACCAUCUGACUGUCCAGCAGCUCACUGCAGCCCAGCAACAGCAGUAUGCCCUGGCAGCAGCUCAGCAACAACACCUUGGCCUUGCUCCUGCAUUUGUGCCAAACCCAUAUAUAAUCAACGCUGCCCCACCUGGAGCUGACCCCUACACCGCUGCUGGACUGGCGGCAGCAGCAACACUCGCUGGUCCUGCAGUAGUCCCUCCCCAAUACUAUGGAGUGCCCUGGGGUGUUUACCCAGCCAACCUGUUCCAGCAGCAGGCUGCAGCAGCUGCCAAUCACUCUGCCAACCAGCAGGCCUCCAAUCAGGGACCGGGGCCUGGGCAACCACAGGUGAUGCGUGCAGGGACCAACCAGCGCCCUUUGACCCCUGGACAGGGUCAGCAGAGCCAGCAGGAGUCUCUAGCUGCAGCUGCCGCCAACCCAGCACUGGCCUUCACAGGCAUGCCAGGUUACCAGGUGCUGGCACCGGCUGCCUACUACGACCAGACAGGGGCGCUUGUGAUGGGUCCAGGGGCCCGUACAGGCCUGAGCGGGCCGGUCCGACUGGUCCAAACCCCCCUCCUCAUCAACCCCGCAGCAGCACAAGCCGCUGCCGCCGCCUCGGCCUCGGGUUCCGGUAACAACAUGUCAGGCCCUGCCAACGGGCUGUACCGCUCUAUGGGCUGCCAGCAGCCUCAACAACCCCAGCCUCAACAGCAACCACCUCCUCCAUCCAGCGGCCUACCUUCCAGCUCUUUCUACGGCUCAGGAUCAGUGGCGCCCAGUUCCCAGAGCAGCUCGCUCUUCUCCCACACGCCCGCUGCUCCACCACCAAGCUCCUCGUUAGGCUUCAGCGGUACCAGCGGCUCUCUCGGCGUCGGGCUGGGUUCGGCCCUGGGUGGAUUUGGCUCCUCAGUCUCCAGCUCCACGAGCAGCAGCGUGUCUCGUCGGGACUCCCUGUUGGCAAGCUCUGACCUGUACAAACGUAGCGGCGGCAGCAGCCUCACUCCUAUUGGCCAGCCCUUCUACAACAGCCUGGGGUACUCCUCCUCUCCCAGUCCUAUCGGCCUGACGCCCGGUCACUCGCCUCUCACGCCACCUCCUUCUCUGCCCUCCUCCCACGGCUCCUCGUCUAGCCUGCACCUGGGUGGUCUGACCAAUGGUAGUGGACGUUACAUCUCCGCAGCCCCAGGGGCAGAGGCGAAAUAUCGGAGCACAGGCGGAGCCUCCAGUCUGUUUAGUUCCAGCAGCCAGCUGUUCCCCCCACCACGAGCACGGUACAGCCGCUCCGAUGUCAUGCCAUCCGGCAGGAGCCGUCUCCUGGAGGAUUUCCGCAACAACCGCUUCCCCAAUCUCCAGCUCCGAGAUCUGCCAGGACACAUGGUGGAGUUCUCCCAGGACCAGCACGGAUCCAGGUUCAUUCAGCAAAAGUUGGAGAGAGCUACACCCGCAGAGAGACAGAUGGUGUUUGGGGAGAUCCUGCAGGCCGCAUACCAGCUGAUGACGGACGUGUUUGGCAACUAUGUCAUUCAGAAGUUCUUUGAGUUUGGCAGUGCCGAUCAGAAGCUAGCUCUGGCGACCCGUAUCCGCGGACAUGUGUUGCCGUUGGCGCUGCAGAUGUAUGGUUGCCGGGUGAUCCAGAAAGCCUUGGAGUCCAUCUCCUCCGACCAGCAGAGUGACAUAGUGCGUGAGCUGGACGGCCACGUGCUGAAGUGCGUGAAAGAUCAGAACGGGAACCAUGUGGUACAGAAGUGUAUCGAGUGUGUCCAGCCUCAAGCUCUGCAGUUCAUCAUCGAUGCUUUCCAGGGACAGGUAUUUGUACUCUCCACUCACCCCUACGGCUGCAGAGUGAUCCAGCGUAUCCUGGAGCACUGCACCCAGGAGCAGACUCUACCCAUCCUGGAGGAGUUACACCAGCACUCCGAGCAGCUGGGUCAGAAGUAUCAAGGCGUGUCAUUGGAGAUGACCCCCAAAACAUAUUAUACAGUGUCCAGCGAUGCACUGUUCAAGGACCAGUAUGGUAACUAUGUCAUCCAACACGUCCUAGAACAUGGGCGACCUGAGGAUAAGAGCAAGAUUGUGGCAGAGGUCCGAGGGAAAGUUCUCGCGCUGAGCCAGCACAAAUUUGCAAGUAAUGUUGUGGAGAAGUGCGUCAUUCACUCCUCCCGUGCGGAAAGGGCGCUGUUGAUUGAUGAGGUGUGUUGUCAGAAGGAUGGUCCGCACAGUGCUCUGUACACCAUGAUGAAAGACCAAUACGCCAAUUACGUUGUCCAAAGGAUGAUUGACAUGGCUGAGCCUGCCCAACGCAAGAUUAUCAUGCACAAGAUCCGGCCUCACAUUGCCACCCUCCGUAAGUACACAUACGGCAAACACAUUCUGGCCAAGCUGGAGAAAUACUACAUGAAGAGCGGCUCAGACCUGGGUCCCAUCGGAGGGCCUACCAAUGGACUCAUGUAAUGGUCCUUUUAAACACACACACCCCCCCCCCCCACCCCUCCAAAAAAAAAGUAGAUCUGUCCGGUCUCCUCUGAUAUCACGAGGCUUUAGACACCAUCCUUCGCUUCCUUUUAGGGGUUUUACCGAGAAAACAAAAGAGAGAGAGAGAAUGAAAAAAAAAACAUGCAACUUCAUGGAAGAAUGCUGUGAUGUUUGACCAUGCUCCUGUGCUCACCCUGAUGCGCUACCCUCCUGUUCAGCCUACAGGGUGCGUGUGGUCUCUAUGCCAUCUCCUGGGUAAAGCACAACACCCCCUUGUUUAUGAUGUAAUUGAUGUAACUGACUUUUCUCUUUUUUGGUUUGUUCAUUGGUUUUCGUAUAUAUAUCUUGUAAAUUUUUUUUUUUACCUUGUAAAUUCUCUGUAGAAAAAAAAAACGAUGAAAUGACAAAAGUGUUUGCAGAACAAUUUACAAUUCUUACAAUUUACACCAGCAAGUGACUUUCUAAGGCCAAACAGAGUGAUCCUUUUUAACAGAAUUUUUGUUUUGUUUGUUUUUUUUUGGGGGUUUUUUUUCGGGUUUGGUUUUUGUUACCCGUAUUUUUAAUGGCAGGAAUGAAGAGGUGGCGGAGGUUUAUCUCUGUUCGGCACAAAGCAAAAGCAAUGGCAACCUCAUGCCAAAGCAGCAGAAUGCACAGACCCAGCGAUAAGACCGCUGGUCGAUAUCGCAUAAUUAGGGCAGAUGUUUCAACCCACCUGUUCUCUCAGACGGUCACUCCCAUCUCCUGUGCCAUUGAGUUAGCCAUCAAUAGAUUGAUCAACUAAUGAAAAGACUUGUUUUCUUCUUCUUUUUGUUUGUUUGUUUGUUUUCAACAGAGCUCUGUGCUUAGGUCAGCAGCAGUUCAACACGGCUUCAUUUGCCGUUUUAAUUAUCCAAAUAUUGUGUUUUGGGUUUUUUUUUUUCUAAACUGGUGAAUAUCUCUCUUCUUUCUUUUUUGUUGGGUUUUUUUAGUGUCUUUCAGGCACCCCUCUUAGCUGAACUACAUUUCAAGUCUUUGCUCCUUUAAUUGAUCGGGGAUUUUUGUUUUACCCUAACUUUUAUGGACUAAUGAACAGUCUGGUGCAUGUCAUAAACCGUGAUGUUUUCAGUGAGCCUUAGCUACGCAGAGCUGUCUUAAUUUUUUGGAUUCUUCUCCCAGCUCACUCUGCCUAUUUCGGCCUGCUUCGAGACACAAUUGACAACAUGUGUUUUGUGACUUGUUUGUUUUGUUUUGUUUUUGUUUUUUUCUUUUGUUGAGAGCAGAGCAUGAUGUCGAGGUGUAUAUUGGUAGUCUGUUAAAACCUGGAAUAAUCUUUCCAUAGCCGUGUGUUUCGGGGGGAGGGAUGAUAGACAUGGGAGGGCUUUGGGUUGGGAAAAGCAUUGGCAUGCUACGUCCGAAUUUACUGCGUACGGAAUGAUUUUUUUCCCUCUUAACCAUCAUGUUUGUGGAACAUCUUAUCUGUCUAGUAGUUUUUUGAGAUGAACACUGCCCUAGAAAAAAAGAAAAAACGGUAUGUUUAUGAAUAUCAUCUCUUUACAUCGUAAUAGUUUAGGCAAGCAUCUUUUAUGUACCGAGUAAAUAUAAAGUUGUUGCUUUACGGGCUUUGGGGAGGGAGAGGGAGGGGUUAGGGGUUUUUGGGGUUUUUUUUGCGCGGCGUCCUCCACAUCCAUGAACGAGAGUGGUUGGAAGGGGUGAGAGAUUUUUUUAGACCACGCGUCUGUCCUGAAGAGUGUGCGGUCCAGCUACCCUCACUCUUGGGGAGGGGGGAAAGGGGAAAACAAACUGACUGGGACUGACUGGGAAGAUGGUACUGGAAUUGGAUCCUCAGCAAAUGAUGACAUGCCUGUCAGCUGGGGCUGUGGGUUUUUUUUUGAAGGGUUUCGUGUCAGGUGGGGAUAAGCAGGACAAUGAGAUUGGGAUGAGCGGAUGGGCCUCCUUCAUAUGCUAUACAUCUCUUCUGUAUUUUGCUAGUAUAUUAAUGGCUUUUUUUGUUUUCGUUUUUUGCUUCGUAUGAAUAAAUGUAGAAUACAUGUAGUAUAUGUGCAGUUAAUAAGUGUAAGUUUAUUAGUUAAAUAGCAGGAAAAAAAAAACAAACAAAAAUUCUAGUUGUGAUGUUGGACAGGCCUUGCUAAAUUUAGUAGUGAUAGCUUUUAUUUUGUCUGUACAGUUGUACAUUUGUAAACGUUGAUGCUGUAAAUGGGAUGUCUUUUACACUUUUUGGGGAAGAAGAAAAAAAAAAUCAAAUUAGCAAAAAUGUGCAUUUUGAUGUGUGUAUAUUCAUCACUCCUUUCCCCUCAAAUAUAAUGUAUACAGUUUUGCUUUGAUCAAGCGUUAUUUUAAAAGGAAAAAAAAAAUCUUUUUAUGGCUUCACAAUCGGAAACUUUCUUUUGUUUUUGUUUGUUUUUAAUCCGUUCACGGAAAAGGUCAGCCUCUAUUUGUACCUGGAGCAGUAACAUCAUCUGUUGACAUUGUCAUUUUGACGUGUGACAGUUUCCAACUAUUAAUCUGUAUUUCAAACUUAAAAAGGGGGCGUUUUCUGGUCCUUUCUGCUACCAUGGAACCUUCACAGGACACGACAGAAUUAUUUUUGUACAGAAGAGUGCUGUAUUUUGGAGCAGCCACUAACUUGUAAGCGAGAGAAAUGUAAGAUAUUGUCAAUUAUAUAAAUAUGAACAUAUGAGUUUUGUCACACUGUCAAAGUCAUGUACAUUUUCAGGUGGCCUUAUGUACAUUUCCAGAUGUUAGAUGAAGAGAAAAAGAACUCAUUUUUUGGAAGCAGAAUUGUGACUAUGUAUGAUUAAACCGUUCUUCUAA